AUGGGUCAAACGCAUGGCACCGCAGACAGGGAGGUGACUCUUAAAAACAUCCAGAAGCUCUACCGCAAGUUUACCUACGAGUGUCCGAGUGGAAAUCUGCACCUGCACGAGUUCAAGAGGAUCUUUGGAGUCAACAGCAGCUCAUCAGAGGAAGAAUCUGCAUAUAUGGACAAUUUGUUUCGAUCCUUUGACACAAACAAGGACGGUAAAAUAGACUUCAUGGAGUACGUUGCAGGCGUUCAUAUGAUUCUUCGUGGAAAACUCGAGGACAAACUGAGAUGGUCUUUUAAAAUUUAUGACGGCGACGGAAACGGCUGUCUGGAACGGGAAGAAGUAAAAAACAUUCUCCAUAUCAUCUACACAAUAAAGAGCCACAAUGAUGACAACGGCACUGACACUGUUGACGACAUCUGUGACAGAAUAUUUAAACUGCUGGACAAGAACGACGACAGCGAGAUUUCUCUGGAGGAGUUUAUUGAAGGAGCUGAGAAGGACCCCUGGUUGAUGGAUCAGCUCCAGCUGGACAUCCGGCCCCGAGACUGGUUCAUUGAAAAGCAGGAGAAGAUAACCUGA